AUGGCUCUUGAGGGACGCCAUAAGUUUGGAUAUUUAACUGGAGAGAUACCACGACUGAAUCCUGGGGAUCCUCAAGAGUGUGUCUGGAAGGCAGAGGAUUCUUUGCUCCGCUCAAUGUUAAUCAGUAGCAUGGAACUACAAAUCGGGAAACCUUUACUCUAUUCAGCCACUGCCCGAGAUAUUAGGGAUGCAGUCCGACGGUUAUAUUCGAGGUGUCAGAACGCAUCCCGCCUAUAUACUCUACGUAAACAGGUUCACGAAUGCAAACAAGGGAGCAUGGAUGUAACGUCAUACUUCAGCAAGAUGUCGUUGUUAUGGCAAGAAAUGGAUCUCUGUCGGGAGAUCAUCUGGAACUGCCCACAAGAUGGAAUUCAAUACUCCAAGAUAGAAGAGGUUGAGCGUGUGUAUGAUUUUCUUACCGGACUACUCUCGUGA